AUGUCUGAUAUCACUGGUCUAUUAUCGUCACCGCUCCUCAACCAGCCUGGCUUAUCUGACCUGGACCUGCCUUUGCUUCUGAAGGUCGACCCGGGACACGACGAGUUUGAUUAUGUCGCCCAUAUCAGGCAAAUAGGCCAGGACUAUGAAAACAGCUCCAUGAACGGUUCUCCCAAUCGUUCGUCCAGAACAAACCCUUCUGGCCCUCUGUCGUCUUCAGGAAAGGCUGGCUCCAUUUCCUCUGAGGCGUCUAGAAAACGCCCAGCGCCGUUUCUGCCUAUGGUGCAACCAGCAGCGCCUCAUCUGAACCUUUCGGCGGCCUUGAAGAACCCCCAGGCGCCUCAGGCGCCCCAAGCUGCUCCAAAGCAUAUUCAAGAACCAGACUUCGGUUUAGAUCCUUUGGAUUUGGGCACAGAUAACGGGUUUUCGUUCUCCCUAGACCCGCUAGCGUUUGAAGGUCCUAACGAUACGUUUCGCCAGACAUACACAAACGGGCUUUCCCAGCUGAUGGGUGCUUUUGAAAAGAUCCCCUCCAGAAACCACCAUAAAGCCUCGCUCGACAGUUCCCAGGCUACGUUGACCGAAGCCAGAGGCUACGCAUCCAGUGCUCCCAGACCCAUCAACAUCUCGAGCCUGGCUCGUCUGUUUGAACCACCCAGCAAACGCCAAACGCCUCUGCUGCUGUUUGACCCAGCGUAUGCCCAAAUGCCAGGGUCCAUUCCAGGCUCGGUUUCUGGAUCCAUUUCUGGCUCCUUUUCCCACCAUUCCGUGGGCCCUUCUUCGUUCAUGACAAACAGCUUCGCUCGCCAGGAUAACUCUUUGGUUAGCGUAGCAGAAUACUUUGGCAACGAUUCCCACUGGAACAGUCCGUACGACCUCGACGAAGGCCUGGGCCUGGGCUCUGUGCCUGGUCUGGUAGCUUAUGUUGCAGCAGAUACGCCAAAUGCACAGCCUAUAAGCCGUUCUGGACUGACGGUUCUUUCGAUGCACGAUCACCCUCCAAGCUCAUAUACGGAUAAAGAGACGUUUGGACGUCCUCAGCUCUCGGCGACGCCGUCGUACCUGAACUCAUGGAACGACAGUUUCUUUGACGAUGCACCUAUGACAGGGUCUGCAGCUACUUCGGUGUCCAGACCAGCCAUGCCCGCAAGAAACAGUUUCCAAGGGGUCCAGCGUCCUUCUUCUAUAAAAAGAAAGGACAGCCGGCCACGCAAGGAUUCCAUUAAGGAGUCGUCAGAGCAAAGAACCGCACGGGCACUUUCCACUCCUGGCAACAAUAACCUCCAGAAUGGCCGUGUGGAAUGCACAAACUGUCAUACCAGAACCACGCCACUUUGGAGAAGAAAUCCAGAAGGCGAGCCGUUAUGUAAUGCCUGUGGGUUGUUUUUAAAGCUUCACGGCACGGUUCGUCCACUUAGUCUCAAGACAGAUGUGAUCAAGAAGAGAGCCAGGACAGAUAAGUCUAAGAAAGGUGAAACCAAGAAGAACGGAGACCUGAAGAAGGACAACAAAAAAGCAAGCGACAAGAAGAACGAGAAGAAAAACGACGGAGACGAUUCUAACCCUACCCCAUACGAUAAAGAACUUAAAAAAAGUCAAGGCGGCAGUGCCAAAGCUAAAGCCAAAGACCCCAAGCGGAAACCGGUCCUGACACCUCCCCAUACAACCGCCCUAAAACAAAACACUCCAUCCCAGCCGUCGUUGCUUUCGCCGCAAAGAGGCAGAAGCAGCAGCUCCAGCUCGCCUGUUCUGUGGACUCAGCGGUCGCAAGUGUCUGACUUUAAUUCUGUGAUCAAGGAAGAAGAGCUUCCAGCGAUAGACGAAAAGAACGCUUUUGAGCGGCAAGAGGAAGACGGCAAAUGGGACUGGCUCAGCAUGACUUUGUAA